AACAGUGGAAAUUAAUGCCUCACAGGAACAAGAAGUGUAUGGUGUGAAAGAAUCGUCUUGAAACUAGAUUAUGAGCAUUGGUUGUUUUUUAAAGGGAUGUGCAAGAGACAGCCUUGACAAGAAAACUUACUUCAUAAUCUUACACGGACUAAAGAUGAAACUUUAAAUUGCAAAUUAGCCUUGAGUGGAAUUUGACGGAAGAUGUUGCAACAGUUUUUUCUCUGGAAAUGUUUAGCUUCUGGGAUCGUCAUUGGCUCUCUCUUUGCAGCUUGCUUGGGUCAAUACGACGAUGACUGGCAAUAUGAGGAUUGCAAACUAGCUAGGGGAGGACCACCAGCUACCAUAGUUGCUAUUGAUGAAGAGAGUCGGAAUGGUACGAUUCUGGUGGACAACAUGCUGAUAAAAGGGACUGCUGGAGGACCAGACCCCACCAUAGAACUCUCUUUAAAGGACAACGUGGACUACUGGGUGUUGUUGGAUCCUGUUAAACAAAUGCUUUUCCUGAACAGCACAGGCAGAGUUCUGGACAGAGAUCCACCAAUGAACAUCCACUCCAUUGUGGUGCAGGUCCAGUGCAUCAACAAGAAGGUAGGCACCGUCAUCUACCAUGAAGUGCGAAUUGUGGUGAGAGAUAGGAAUGACAACUCACCUACCUUCAAACACGAAAGCUACUAUGCCACAGUGAACGAGUUCACUCCAGUUGGUACCACCGUAUUUACAGGAUUUUCAGGAGACAAUGGAGCUACUGACAUAGAUGAUGGCCCAAAUGGACAGAUAGAAUAUGUUAUUCAGUACAAUCCAGAAGAUCCGACUUCCAAUGACACCCUUGAAAUUCCCCUCAUGUUGAGUGGAAACGUAGUCAUAAGGAAGAGACUAAACUAUGAAGAUAAGACUUGCUACUUUGUCAUCAUCCAAGCUAAUGACUGUGCACAAAAUCUGAAUGAAUGGAGGACCACCACCACCAUGCUCACAGUGGAUAUUCUAGAUGGGGAUGACUUAGGUCCUGUGUUUCUUCCUUGUGUCCUUGUGCCAAACACUCGAGAGUGCCAUCCACUCAUCUAUCAAGCUGCCAUACCUAGCUGAGAACUCCGGUCUCCUGAAGAACUGAACCCCACUGUUGUUACUCCACCGAUCCAAGCCAUUGAUCGGGACCGGAACAUUCAACCACCAUCAGACAGGCCCGGCAUCCUCUAUUCCGUCCUUGUUGGUUUGGACAUUGAGGAUUACCAAUGGUUUUUCCAUAUGCAUCCUAGGACUGCAGACAGUCUGCUGGAGCCAGUAAACAGAGACUUUCAUCAGAAAUUUGAUUUGGUUAUUAAAGCUGAACAAGACAAUGGCCACCCGCUUCCUGCCUUUGCCAGUCUACACAUUGAAAUAUUGGACGAGAACAACCAGAGCCCCUAUUUCACAAUGCCAAGCUAUCAAGGCUAUAUACUUGAAUCUGCCCCAGUGGGAGCAACCAUUUCUGACAAUCUAGAUUUAACCACUCCUCUGAGAAUUGUAGCUCUAGACAAAGACAUAGAAGAUGUUCCACCUGGUGGAGUUCCUACAAAAGACCCAGAACUUCACCUUUUUCUGAAUGAUUACACAUCAGUCUUCACUGUCACACAGACUGGUAUCACUCGCUACCUCACCCUGCUGCAACCAGUGGACAGGGAAGAACAGCAAACUUACACAUUUUCGAUAACAGCAUUUGAUGGUGUACAAGAAAGUGAGCCAGUUAUUGUCAAUAUUCAAGUGAUGGAUGCAAAUGACAACACUCCAACCUUCCCAGAAAUAUCCUAUGAUGUCUAUGUUUAUACAGACAUGCGCCCAGGGGACAGUGUCAUACAGCUCACUGCAGUCGACACAGAUGAAGGGUCAAACGGGGAGAUCACGUAUGAGAUCCUGGUUGGGGCUCAGGGAGACUUCAUCAUCAAUAAAACAACAGGGCUUAUCACCAUCGCUCUGGGGGUGGAACUGAUAGUUGGGAGGACUUAUGCGCUCAUGGUCCAAGCAUCGGAAAAUGCUCCUCCUGCAGAGAGAAGGCACUCCAUCUGCACAGUGUACAUUGAAGUGCUUCCUCCAAAUAAUCAAAGCCCUCUCCACUUCCUACAGCUGAUGUAUAGCCUUGAAAUCAGCGAAGCCAUGAGGAUUGGUGCUGUUUUAUUAAAUCUAUAGGCAACUGAUCGAGAGGGAGACCCAAUAACAUAUGCCAUUGAGAACGGAGAUCCUCAGAGAGUUUUUAAUCUUUCAGAAACCACAGGGAUUCUCACCUUAGGGAAAGCACUGGACAGGGAAAGCACAGAUCGCUACAUUCUGAUUGUCACAGCUUCAGAUGGCAGGCCAGAUGGGACCUCAACUGCCACCGUAAACGUGGUAGUGACAGAUGUCAAUGACAAUGCUCCAGUGUUUGAUCCAUAUCUGCCUAGAAACUUAUCUGUGGUGGAGGAGGAAGUCAAUGCCUUUGUGGGUCAAGUAAGGGCAACAGACCCUGAUGCUGGAAUAAAUGGCCAAGUGCACUACAGUUUGGGUAACUUCAAUAAUCUUUUCCGCAUCACAUCCAAUGGGAGCAUUUACACAGCAGUGAAGCUGAACAGAGAAGUCAGGGACUACUAUGAACUUGUUGUGGUGGCAACUGAUGGAGCGGUGCACCCUCGUCAUUCAACUCUAACCCUGGCCAUCAAGGUUUUGGAUAUUGAUGAUAACAGUCCAGUGUUCACCAAUUCAACAUACACUGUUGUUGUUGAAGAGAAUCUGCCAGCCGGAACCACCUUCCUUAAAAUAGAGGCCAAAGAUGUUGACCUUGGAGCAAAUGUGUCUUAUCGGAUAAGAAGUCCUGAAGUGAAGCACUUUUUUGCACUACAUCCAUUUACAGGAGAGCUGUCCCUUUUGAGGAGUUUGGAUUAUGAGGCAUUUCCAGAUCAGGAAGCAAGUAUCACUUUUCUGGUGGAGGCCUUUGAUAUUUAUGGAACAAUGCCACCUGGUAUUGCUACUGUCACAGUGAUUGUAAAGGAUAUGAAUGAUUAUCCUCCUAUAUUUAGUAAACGAAUCUACAAAGGGAUGGUGGCUCCAGAUGCAGUCAAGGGUACACCUAUCACUACAGUUUAUGCUGAAGAUGCAGACCCUCCUGGAUUACCUGCAAGUCGUGUGAGGUACAGAGUAGAUGAUUUGCAGUUUCCUUACCCUGCCAGUAUUUUUGAUGUAGAAGAAGAUUCUGGAAGAGUAAUAACUCGAGUCAAUCUUAAUGAAGAACCAACAACAAUUUUUAAGUUGGUGGUUGUUGCUUUUGAUGAUGGUGAGCCUGUGAUGUCCAGCAGUGCCACAGUGAAAAUUCUUGUCUUACAUCCUGGAGAAAUCCCACGAUUCACACAAGAAGAAUAUAGACCUCCUCCAGUAAGUGAACUUGCAACCAGGGGGACCACAGUGGGUGUAAUUUCUGCUGCGGCCAUCAAUCAAAGUAUUGUGUACUCCAUUGUUUCUGGAAAUGAAGAAGAUAAGUUUGGAAUUAAUAACAUCACAGGUGUCAUCUUUGUGAAUGCCCCUCUGGAUUAUGAGACAAGAGCAAGUUAUGUACUUCGAGUCCAAGCCGAUUCCCUGGAAGUGGUCCUUGCCAAUCUCCGAGUUCCUUCAAAAAGCAAUACAGCUAAAGUAUACAUUGAGAUUCAGGAUGAAAAUGAUCAUCCCCCAGUGUUUCAGAAAAGAUUCUAUAUUGGAGGGGUAUCUGAGGAUGCAAGAAUGUUUGCUUCUGUGCUCAGAGUGAAGGCUACCGAUAAAGAUACUGGUAAUUAUAGUGCUAUGGCAUACAGACUCAUAAUACCUCCAAUUAAAGAGGGCAAAGAAGGGUUUGUGGUGGAAACAUACACAGGACUCAUCAAGACUGCUAUGCUCUUCCAUAAUAUGAGAAGAUCCUACUUCAAGUUUCAAGUUAUUGCAACUGACAACUAUGGGAAGGGACUGAGUGGAAAAGCAGAUGUACUUGUCUCUGUAGUCAAUCAGCUGGAUAUGCAAGUCAUUGUUUCCAAUGUGCCCCCUACUUUAGUGGAAAAAAAGAUAGAAGAUCUUACAGAGAUUUUGGACCGCUAUGUUCAGGAUCAAAUUCCUGGUGCCAAGGUGGUGGUAGAGUCCAUUGGUGCUCGCCGGCAUGGGGAUGCCUUUUCUCUAGAAGAUUACAGCAAAUGUGACCUGACUGUCUACGCAAUUGAUCCCCAAACCAACAGAGCCAUUGACAGAAACGAACUUUUUAAGUUUUUGGAUGGCAAGCUGCUUGAUAUCAAUAAAGACUUUCAACCAUAUUAUGGGGAAGGAGGGCGCAUUCUGGAGAUCCGUACUCCAGAGGCAGUGACCAGCAUUAAAAAGCGAGGAGAAAGUUUAGGAUACACAGAAGGGGCUCUGCUGGCUCUGGCCUUCAUCAUCAUCCUCUGCUGUAUUCCUGCCAUCUUGGUGGUCUUAGUCAGCUACAGACAGUUUAAAGUACGGCAAGCUGAAUGCACGAAGACAGCACGAAUUCAAUCUGCGCUACCUGCAGCAAAGCCCGCAGCACCAGCACCUGCUCCAAUGGCACCACCGCACCCGCAGCCCCCGCCCCCUCCCGGUGCGCAUCUCUAUGAAGAACUAGGAGACAGCACGAUGCAUAAGUAUGAAAUGCCUCAAUAUGGAAGUCGACGUCGAUUGUUACCACCUGCUGGUCAGGAGGAAUAUGGUGAGGUGGUUGGUGAAGCUGAGGAGGAAUACGAGGAGGAAGAGGAAAAGCCAAAGAAAAUUACAAAACCAAAAGUUGUAAUUAGAGAGCCUAGUGAGGAGGACGAGGAAGUGGUAGUAACUAUUGAAAAGCCGCCUGCAGUGGAGCCCACAUACACAACAUGGAAGAGGGCCAGGAUAUUCCCCAUGAUCUUUAAGAAAGUCAGAGGACUAGCUGAUAAAAGAGGUGUCAUUGACCUUGAGGGUGAAGAGUGGCAAAGACGCCUGGAGGAAGAGGAUAAAGAUUAUCUGAAACUAACUCUAGACCAAGAUGAAGCAACAGAAAGCACUGUAGAAUCAGAGGAGGAAUCCUCCAGCGAUUAUACUGAGUACAGUGAAGAAGAAUCUGAGUUCAGUGAGUCUGAGACCACAGAAGAGGAAUCUGAGUCGGAGACACCCUCUGAGGAGGAGAGUUCCACUGAAGAAUCAGAAGAAUCUGAAUCCACAGAGUCAGAAGGAGAAAAAGCUAGAAAAAACAUAGUGCUCGCAAGAAGAAAGCCCGUUGUGGAGGACAUCAAGGAAGUCAAAGGCAGAAGAGAGGAGCCACCUAAAGAGCAAGAAGAACCCACAAUAGAAGAAGAAGAGGAACACCCAGGAGGAGAAAGUGACCUGGCCCCUGUGGAUGAAUCUGCAGACCUUGAAGCUCAGGAUGUCCCUGAGGAGGGCAGUGCAGAAUCUGCUUCUGUAGAAGGAGGUGUAGAAAGUGAAGAGGAAUCAGAAUUAGGCAGUAGUAGUAGUAGUAGUGAAAGUCAGUCUGGAGGUCCUUGGGGCUUUCAGGUACCAGACUAUGACAGAAGCAAGAAGGCACACCAAAGGAAGUCUCCAGGAGCAAACUCUGAAGGUUACAACACAGCCCUCUAA